UCAAGACUCAAGACGAGCCUGUGGAGCGCGACGCCACGCGUUUCUCGACCGGACAGAGAGAGCUCCUGAUCCCGCUGCGGAAUGACUGCUGGACUGGCCGAAUGUACUGUAGUUCGUAGAAGCAGCAGCGGUGAAACAUCUCUGGCUCCAGAUAAACUCAACUGAACGCGUUUCUGCUUUUACGCAUCCAGACGCGCUUGAACUUGGAGCGAAAUCGCACUUUUUUACGACAGAGAGAGUUUUUCCGCGUGGACGAACUCUUUAAUCCAGAGUUCCAGCAGAAGAAAGUGGUUCUCUUAGAGAAGAGGACGCCAAUUGUCAACAUGAGCGACAAAAACAAGAUGGAGGAUGAAGCUGUAGUGGACAGAGGAGCCUCGUACAUCAAAAACGUGUGUGAUGAGGAGGUUGAAGGUCAUCACACAGUCUACAUUGGUGUUAAUGUGCCUAAAAGUUACCGGCGGCGGCGCCGACAUAGACGACGAUCCAGUCACAGAGAGAGACGGGAACGGGUGACGGAGAACGUGAGCGACAAAUCAGAUACCGAGAACGCAGACGACUCCUCGUCCAGCAUCCUCAAACCACUCAUUUCUCCGGCAGCAGAGCGGAUACGCUUCAUUUUGGGUGAAGAUGACAGUGGUCCUCCCCCACCGCAGCUCUUCACUGAACUUGACGAACUUCUUGCCGUUGACGGACAGGAACUAGAGUGGAAGGAAACAGCCAGAUGGAUAAAGUUUGAGGAGAAGGUGGAGAAGGGUGGCGAGCGCUGGAGUAAACCUCACGUGGCCACUCUUUCUCUGCACUCGCUCUUCCAGCUGAAGAACUGCAUCGAGAAGGGAACCAUCAUGCUGGACAUGGACGCAAACUCACUGCAGCAGAUAGUCGAAAUCAUCACUGACAGUCAGAUCGAGAGCGGGCAGCUAAAGGCCGAUCUGAGGGAGACGGUCAUUUACACUCUGCUAAGGAAACAUCGACACCAGACCAAAAAGUCCAACUUGCGCUCGCUGGCAGACAUCGGCAAGAGCGUGUCGAGCGCCAGUCGCCUGUUCAGUAGCCAGGAGAACGGCAGUCCAACCACAGCUCAUCGUAACCUGACCUCCACCAGCCUGAAUGACUUGUCAGACAAACCUGAGAAAGACCAGUUGAAUAAUAAAUUCAUGAAGAAAAUCCCCCGGGAUGCCGAAGCGUCAAACGUGUUGGUGGGAGAGGUGGAUUUUCUCGACGCUCCAUUUGUUUCGUUUGUUCGCCUUCAGCAGUCCGUCAUGUUAGGAGGUCUGACCGAAGUCCCGGUUCCCACACGGUUCCUUUUUAUUCUGCUGGGACCCAAAGGAAAGGCCAAAUCAUACCGCGAGAUCGGACGUGCCAUCGCCACGCUCAUGUCUGACGAGGUGUUUCAUGACAUUGCGUAUAAAGCACGAGACCGCAGUGACCUGCUGGCCGGGAUCGAUGAAUUUCUGGAUGAAGUGAUUGUUCUUCCUCCAGGAGAGUGGGAUCCUGACAUUCGAAUCGAGCCUCCAAAAUCCGUCCCGUCUGCGGAUAAACGUAAGAACAAUCUUGCUGGAGGGGAAGGUUCUCAGAUGAAUGGAGGAACGCCUCAUGAUGGAGGUUCGGGUGGCGGUGGUGGACACGCGGUCGGAGAUGAACUGAAAUGACUGGCAAGUGAGUUUUGCGGGGGUCUUGUUCUGGACAUCAAAAGGAAACUCCCAUUUUUCGCGAGCGACUUUUAUGACGCUCUGAACAUCCAAUCUCUGUCCGCCAUCUUGUUUAUUUAUCUGGGUACAGUAACAAAUGCCAUCACGUUCGGAGGCCUGCUGGGAGACGCCACAGAGAACAUGCAGGGUGUAUUGGAGAGUUUUGUCGGGACGGCGCUGGCAGGUGCAGUUUUCUGUCUGCUCGCAGGUCAACCGCUCACAAUCCUGAGCAGCACCGGCCCUGUGCUCGUGUUCGAGAGACUGCUGUUCAACUUCAGCAGGGACAAUGAUUUCGACUAUCUGGAGUUCCGGCUGUGGAUCGGCCUGUGGUCUGGCUUUAUGUGUCUGGUUCUGGUGGCGACCGAUGCCAGUUUCCUGGUGCAGUAUUUCACACGAUUCACAGAGGAAGGUUUUUCUGCGCUCAUCAGCUUCAUCUUCAUCUACGAUGCCUUCAAGAAGAUGCUCAAACUGGCUCAUCAUAACCCUAUCAACUCCGGCUAUGACCUGGAACUGGUCACGCAGUACGGCUGCCACUGCACGCCUCCCGACGGGAAUGUUUCAGCCCUGUACUUGGAGAAAAUGGAAGCCUUGAUGAACAACACUGGACAGCAUCACCUGAAUGCGACGUGGGCGUCUCUGUCCCGCUCUGAGUGUCAGGAAUGGGGCGGUCAGCUGGUGGGAGCGGCGUGUGAUUUCGUCCCAGAUAUCACACUCAUGUCCUUCAUCCUGUUCCUCGGCACAUACACCUGCUCCAUGGGGCUCAAGAAGUUCAAGACCAGCAGAUUCUUCCCCACUACGGUCCGCAAGCUAAUCAGCGAUUUCGCCAUUAUUUUGGCCAUUCUGAUCUUCUGCGGUGUGGACGCUCUGGUCGGCGUCGAUACACCCAAACUCAUCGUGCCGAGCGAAUUCAAGCCGACGAGUCCACAUCGAGGCUGGUUUGUGGCCCCGUUUGGAGGAAACCCGUGGUGGGUUUAUCUGGCGUCGUUCUUGCCCGCUCUGCUGGUCACCAUCCUCGUCUUCAUGGACCAGCAGAUCACAGCCGUCAUCGUCAACCGCAAAGAGCACAAGCUCAAGAAAGGAGCUGGGUAUCAUCUGGACCUGUUCUGGGUGUCGAUUCUGCUGGUUGUGUGUUCGUUCAUGGGUUUACCGUGGUAUGUCGCAGCGACUGUGAUCUCCAUCGCCCACAUCGACUCGCUCAAGAUGGAGACUGAAACCUCAGCUCCUGGAGAACAGCCCAAGUUUCUUGGAGUUCGGGAGCAGAGAGUCACAGGAAUAAUGGUGUUUAUUCUGACCGGCCUCUCCGUCUUCAUGGCUCCCGUUCUGAAGUUCAUUCCCAUGCCGGUGCUGUACGGUGUGUUCCUCUACAUGGGCGUCGCUUCACUCAAUGGCGUUCAGUUUUUGGAUCGCCUGGAGCUCCUGCUGAUGCCUGCAAAACACCAGCCGGAUCUGAUUUACCUGAGACACGUCCCACUUAGACGAGUUCACCUCUUUACCUUCAUACAGGUUCUGUGUUUGGCUCUGCUGUGGAUCCUCAAGUCAACAGUGGCCGCCAUCAUCUUCCCCGUCAUGAUCCUCGCACUGGUGGCUGUGAGAAAGGCCAUGGAUUAUGUGUUCUCGCAGCACGAUCUCAGUUACCUGGAUGACGUCAUGCCGGAGAAAGACAAGAAGAAGAAGGAGGAUGAGAAGAGGAAGAAGAAGAAGAAAGGCAGCAUCGACAGUGACAUGAAUGAUUCGGAUUUUCCAGCCAUCGAGACCAUUCCCAGUAUAAAGAUCUCGAUGGAGGAGAUGGAGCAGGGCGCAGUGCUGGGGGAGAAACCCUCAGACCGAGAUAAACCCAUGUCCUUCCUCACUCCCUACUGAUGGAAAGCACUUUUUCCCUUCCAGGACUGUCUCGAGUCAGGAUUUAAACCCCUUUAAGAAGAUGGUGCCUCAGAUCAGAAUCGAUUUGGACCCCGACAACAACAAAUUCUUCUGGAAAACUCCGUC